AUGAUGUGUGCGGCUUCGCCGAAACAAUUCAGCAACCCGAGCAAGGUCAAGAUCCACCAAGACAGGUCCGCAGAAGGCGGGCUCUCUGCGUCGGAAGUGCGGAAAAUUUGGGGCCAGCCUUCGGACGCCAUUUUUGCCAACGUGUCGGAGUCGCAUUUCGCCUGCCUGGAUGACAGGAUCACGGCUCCAUCACUGUACACUCCUGGGGGAGAUCUGGGAGAGUUUGCUUUGGCUCUGACAGCCUGCGGGACGGCGCCGAAUGAUGCAGCAAUUCUGCAAAUCUUGAAUGCGCAUGUGGCGGCUUUGCCUGGCACUCGGAAGUUCUAUCACUGCACAGAUGACGAGGCCCUGGAGCACAUGGAGUCCUACCUGGGCCUGGAAGGCCUGGACAUGUUUUCGCCCGACCCAGCCACUCAACAAGAAAUAAUCAAAGCGAUUGAGCAGCCACGAAAUAAAGAGGUAGACGCAUGCGCAGCAGGUGAUUUGGCACAGUUCAGCUUUGGCACCUCGGCCUCCUCAUGCAAGCAGCAGGCAGCACACCCGACCUUGGUGAUAGAAUUUUGCUGCUCCACUUCAGGACUCUCCACAGCAGUCAUGAAGGCAUUCUUCACUGUUUUGUGGGACACAGAAAACCCGAAUCAGCAGCGCAUGCAGCUGGAGGUGUUGGCGGGAAAGCGGGCGCCGCAGGCUUUCCUAUCUUUCACCCGAGUUAACGAAAACAAAUGCAAAUUCAAACAGGAAAUUGCAACAACGGAAGACUGCGAAGCCGCUGGGGUCGCCCCGCUUCUAAGGGCCAGGGGAAGACAGGCUAGAGCUUUGAUCAGCCACAUGAACGCUGUGAGCGCCCGAAGAAAGGAACUGGCCGCCUUCUUCACAAAAAAUGGAUUUUGUUCGCUGAGUGCGGAGGAGCUGGCCUCAAGAAUGGACCGAUACGGGGCCCGCCUGGGGAGGGAUUUGCCCUUCUACAGAGUGUCAUUCAUUUGA